AUGACAGAAAGAAAUAGUUGAUAAAUAAAAAAAUCCCUAACGUCUCUAAACGCGUUAAAUUCGGAAAACAAUAUUUCUCCCCUAAAUUCUUUCACCAAUUUUUUCCUACAAAAUCAACGCGGUUUUCAGCAAAUCGGACAGACAGUGUUAAUCGAGAGAAGAACAACAACAAACAAUCACCUCUCGAUUUCACCAUCUCAUUCUCCGCCAUCCUCUCACAUUAUUCUCCCACUCCUUCCUCAGGCUUUGGAUUAUAGUAUAAAUGGGUGAUCACUUGAUUCUUGAUUUGAAUCGCUUGGUGAAGCCUGUGGGCGGGGAAACCAUAAAAACGACAGAGGAGAUGGCGGGCCCCUCAUUAGCUCGUGCAGUUGAUGAAAGUGGGCCCACAGAUGACGAGGAACAAGCACCUUUAUUAGCAACAGCGGAAUGUCGUAUUUGUCAAGAGGAAGAUUCAGUUGAUACUUUAGAGACUCCGUGUGCUUGCAACGGCAGUCUUAAGUAUGCUCACAGGAAGUGUGUCCAACAUUGGUGCAACGAAAAGGGUGACAUCACUUGUGAAAUAUGCCACCAACCUUACCAACCUGGCUAUAUUGCUCCCCCUCCCCGACCUCGUUUGGAAGAGACUACUAUCGAUAUCGGGGGAGGGUGGCAAAUCUCAGGGACACCUAUGGAUUUGAAUGACCCGCGUCUCUUGGCAAUUGCUGAAGCUGAACGCCAUUUUCUUGAAGCCGAAUAUGAAGAUUAUAGUGCAUCAAAUGCCAGUGGAGCCGCAUUUUGCCGUUCUGCUGUUUUAAUUUUAAUGGCACUUCUGUUACUACGGCAUGCGGUAACUAUGCCAGAAUCUGAAGGAGACGGAGAUGGAGAUGAAGAUGCAUCUACUUUCUUGACGCUUUUCUUGCUUCGGGUUGCCGGGUUUCUUUUGCCGUGCUACAUUAUGGCAUGGGCCAUCAGCAUCUUGCAACGUCGAAGGCAAAGACAGGAGGCUGCAGCAUUGGCGGCAUCACAGAUUGCGUUUGUAUUGCAAGCGGGUCAAAGGCGGGGCCUACAUUUUGCGAUAGCUUCUGCGGGGCCACCACCAGCACUGGCAUCAGCACAAGCACCAGCAGCAGCAGCAGCUGCAACUCCCGUCGUGACUCCACAGGAAGACAAUGUUUAAUCUAAUUACCGAAAAGACACAAAAGGAUAGGGGAGAUGGGCUCAAGAAAUAACACCUUAGUGUUGCAACUUUUCUGUUUUUCUAAGUUCAUUUUUUUAUAUUUUAAAGAAUUCUUGUUUAGUAAUGGGUACAAAACUGUGUUAAUCAUGAAUGAGAUAGUUUUAGACAUGAAUCCUUUUUCAUAUUUUGAAGGUGUUAAGUUUGUUAGGAUGCACAAGAUACAAUGAGAGCAGGAAUGAGUGAAGUAAGUGAAUAAGUGGAGGAAACGGUUACAUAUCCGUCUUAUGUAUCACAUUUAAAAAAAACAAGUUCUUGUGUGGUAUA